UCAAACAUUUCCAAGCGAAUGGCAUUUUGAUAAGGUGUAGUUUGUGUUCGGAGAUUCAGGUCUGUUUCCAUUCCGUAUUCAUGGUUUUAAAUUUGAACACUUACUUCAUAAGCUCUGAAAGAAGAUUAUUAUGGAUAUUUGCACAACGCUGAUAAUUUUAUUUGGUAUCGCGUCGUCUGCUACGGGCCUGCGUUGUUAUCAAUGCACCAGUGAUCAGUCGGGCAGUGGACCAUGCGUUGAUACUCCAAACACCCGCAAUAUGCAGGUCGUCGAGGAUUGUAAGGGUUCAUGUUAUGUUUCAUACAGUCAGUCUAGCUCUGGCAGUGGUGUUGUGACGUCACGCGGUUGCUACAGCAGAAAGUGGUUCUGCCUGGAGACUUGCCUCGGUCUCUUUGCAGACAUCAACAACUGUCAACAUUGCUGCAGCUGCAACAACUGCAACGACAUAACGGCAUCAACUUUAGGAACGUUUGGCGAUGACUUCGACUGUAGUGCGACCACUCCCGAGUCGACAACGACGGUGGCGCCAAGUACGACGACGGUGACGACACCCGCCAACGAACAGGGUGAACCCCUACCACGCAGUCAAGCGUGGAGAAUGAACAUGUCAUGGCAAAUAUUGCUUAUAUUCGCUCUCACUACGUCUAUGGUUAUACUUUGACAUGGGUAGCGAAAUUUAUCCUAAUUAUAUGUAUUAUAAUUACUACUGGUCACAGACUUAACUCAAUGAUCAUCACUUGAACUAGCGUGUGACAGAUUUCCGACCUAUUAACGAGCGAGCAACAAAAAAAAGAAAAAAGAAAAAGACUACAUUAAGAGUGCUCUUUUCAGGUGACAACUAAUGGCGAGGUUUUAGUUUCUAAUAUUGAUUGGCGGUAAAAGGAGUAUUAAUACUGAAAUAAUAGAGUGCCCAUUAUUAAGGUUGAUGUGGUUCUAAUUUUAAAGGCGUAUAAAUAAGACAAAUGUAUUUGGAUUAUAUAUAAACUGUGCAUUUAUGGUCGGGGCUGGGGGGGGGGGACAAAUUUUUACUUUCAAGGCGCAUGCCGAUGGAAAAUAACUAGCCAUGGACAUUUUUUAGUAUAUUAGAGAAUGCAUUUCUCUUUCGUUUGUUUAUCAAGGCCAUGCAAGGAAAACAUGAAAGGUGGCCCUCGUAAACAGGUGGCCUUUAUAGAAAGGUGGACACUGAGCCAGGUUCGACUGUAUUUUGUACGAGAAUUACUAUUUUCGUACCUUAAUUUUUCAUACCUGCCUCCUUCUUGGUCAGUGUGUCGAACUUCGAUAUAUAAAAGAUACAGAUUAUUAAGAAAUAUGGUCCAGAGAGAGGUGAAAAAGGCUAAACUCGAUUAC